AUGAAGAGGGGCUUCACCACGAAGAACGGAUCGUCUGACCCUUACGCCCGGAUCAGGUUCGGCCCGAAGCAGCGCAGAACACCCGUGGCGAAGGCAACACUGGCGCCCAAAUGGGACAUGAAGCUCAUGAGAAUGGGGGUCUUCGGGCCCAGAGAUGAAGGAUACGCGAGGAUUUCGGUUUUCGAUGAAGAUAAGGUCAGCAAGGAUGAGUUCAUGGGGCAGGUCGCCAUCCCCGUGAGCGCCAUGCGCUCUGCAGGGCUGGGCGUCCACAGGUGGUGGCUUCCCCUCCAGGAGUCCACUGGGAAGUUUCCGGGCUGCCCCGUCAGCGGAGAAAUCCUCGUGGUGUUCAAAGUGAAGAAGGCGGUGGCGCGGGCAAACGUAGAGGCCCUUUCGAAGCAAACGGAGGAUUUGACAAUCGAAGAGGAGGAACCACGCAAGGAGGCGGAAGAGGGCACAGCGGCUCCAGCACGAAGGAAGCCAGCGAGGCGGCAAUGUGGCGAAGAAGAGGGGGCGGAAGAGGAGUCAGCAAGACGGCAGUGUGGCGACGAACGACGAGGAGACGAGGAGACGGAAGAGAAAACAGAUGGAGCCGUGGAUGAAGGGAAGGAAGCUGUGGAUGUAGAGAAGGAAGCUGUGGACGGAGAGGAAGAAGCUGUGGACGGAGAGGAAGAAGCUGUGGACGGAGAGGAAGAAGCUGUGGACGGAGAGGAAGAAGCUGUGGACGGAGAGGAAGAAGCUGUGGACGGAGAGGAAGAAGCUGUGGAUGGAGAGGAAGAAGCUGUGGAUGGAGAGGAGGACGAUGAAGAAGAGGAUGAUGAAGAGGAGGGAGAAGAUGACUGCGAAAUCGAGGAAGAGGAGGAUGAUACAGACGAGCAGGACGAAGGGUGGCAAGUCGACUUGGGGGCAAUGGCAUCUUCGGCCGGCGGAAAAAUGGCAAAGUCAAUGUCCAGCGCUUUCAGCAAGCAGGCCACCAAGGCUGCCAACGACCUGGCAAGAAAGGGGCAAAGGGCGACUGCGCAGGCCUUCAAAAAAGCCACAAGUUUUAUUGGGUGA